AUGCAGGGCAGUAUUGCUCGCAGGCAGCCGGGAAUCUACUUUCGCCUGCGAUCAGAAUCGCUCGCGAUGCCUUUGACCCCGGAGGCUGUGGCGGAGAUCAGUCGCCUGGUGGAGGAGAGCAGUCGGAAGGGGGACUUUCUGGUUCGCAAUGUCCAGCAGAUCUUUGCCGUGCUCAAACGACACUCCCUGCUUCAGCGGCAUUGUGGCGGUGCGGAUGCAUUCUUUCUCGCCGAGACUGAGAUGUUUCUUCGCAGUCACGGCCAGAGCAAGGGCAUGGGACCUUCCUUCUGGGAGAAUGUGUCGGCGGACUUGAAGAAGGGCGACCAAGUGACCUUCUUCAGGCAUGCUUUGGUGAAGCUUGCACUGAGCACCAAUCUGGUGACUGCCACAUCUGUCAAGAAGGCAUUGGCCAAAGAUGCCCUUCCCAAGGCCAUCAAAGCCGACGAGGCAAUGUCCAAGAUUCGCAGCAUGCUCACCGGAGCCGGUGUGCAGUUGAUGAGCGAGAUUGGCACGGGGACUGCCCUGCAUAUCCUGAAGGUGAAGCAGGCUGACGAGGAGGAGCAUGCCCCGAAAGCCAAGAAAGCCAAAACCACCAAGAAGUGA